GCCGUCCUGGGCUACAGCAGAGCGCAGAGUCGCCCGUAAGGUACCGAGGUCGCGGGACGAGAGCUAGAGGGCUGCUACUGUGUGGUCGGGAGAGCGCGACCGGAGGAAGCUGGCUCAGUGGGACGCAGCCAGGACUGUCGGCGGAGCACCGGGGAGCACCAGGGUCUAGCCACAGAACGCCCCUUCACUUCAGAUGCUCUGAACUUUGACCCCUGCUGAGUCUUCCAAGAAGCCACAACAUGAACACAUCCCCAGGCACAGUGGGCAGUGACCCUGUCAUCUUGGCCACUGCCGGCUAUGACCACACCGUGCGGUUUUGGCAGGCCCACAGUGGGAUCUGCACCCGCACAGUGCAGCACCAGGAUUCUCAGGUGAAUGCGCUGGAGAUCACGCCUGACCGCAGCAUGAUUGCUGCUGCAGGUUACCAGCACAUCCGCAUGUAUGACCUCAACUCCAAUAACCCCAACCCCAUCAUCAGCUAUGACGGGGUCAAUAAGAACAUUGCGUCUGUGGGCUUCCAUGAGGACGGCCGCUGGAUGUACACGGGUGGGGAGGACUGCACUGCUCGAAUCUGGGACCUCAGGUCCCGCAACCUGCAGUGUCAGCGGAUCUUCCAGGUGAAUGCGCCCAUUAACUGUGUGUGCCUACAUCCCAACCAGGCAGAGCUAAUUGUAGGUGACCAGAGCGGCGCUAUCCAUAUCUGGGACUUGAAAACUGACCACAAUGAGCAGCUGAUUCCUGAGCCUGAGGUCUCCAUCACAUCUGCCCACAUUGACCCAGAUGCCAGCUACAUGGCAGCAGUCAAUAGCACUGGGAACUGCUACGUCUGGAAUCUGACGGGGGGCAUUGGUGAUGAGGUGACCCAGCUCAUCCCCAAGACCAAGAUUCCAGCACACACCCGCUAUGCCCUACAGUGCCGCUUCAGUCCAGACUCCACGCUCCUCGCCACCUGCUCGGCUGACCAGACGUGCAAGAUUUGGAGGACAUCCAAUUUCUCCCUGAUGACAGAGCUGAGCAUCAAGAGCAGCAACCCUGGAGAGUCAUCCCGAGGCUGGAUGUGGGGCUGCGCCUUCUCAGGGGAUUCCCAGUACAUUGUCACUGCUUCCUCUGACAACCUGGCCCGGCUCUGGUGCGUGGAGACGGGAGAGAUCAAGAGAGAGUACGGCGGCCACCAGAAAGCCGUGGUCUGCUUGGCCUUCAAUGACAGUGUGUUGGGCUAACCUGUGCCCCCUUGGGAUUGCAGGCAGCUGUCCGGUGGCACUGGCUAGAUAUGACUGUUCAGCUGCCGAGUCAGAGAGAACCCCCACAGGUUAACCUCUACCAGCCUAGGCUAGCUGCACCUGACUGACUUUCCCUGAUACCCUUGGCCAGCCUAGACUGGCCAGGCUGAUCUACCUGGGGGCUCUUUUAGCCCCUAGUUACUUAUCUGGAUGCACAGGGCUCAGGGAGCUGACCCAACCCAGCCCGGUUGCUGCCCACCCCCAAGCCAGUGCUUCCCACCCCCUCCCCACCCGUUACGUGUCCCAAGGCUACAGAGAACACAAUCAUGACCAGGUGGAGGGGUUUAUUAGCCCCCACCAGUGGCUGCCUUCCAUGGUACUGAUGACAGGGCCAGCCAGCUGGCUGGCCUAUGGAGCUGGGCAGGAUGGGGGCUCAAUCUGGGAGGUAAUAAAAGCAGACUGACACACA